GGUUUGGUAGAAACUGUUUGAUUCUUCGUUGGAUCCAAUUGAAUUAGGAAAUAGAUUUGGAUUAGGUUACAGUUUCUGGGUCUUGGCUUUUAGAUUUCCCGUUCCUCUCCUCUUUUGACAUUUUAAAGCUGUUUGGUAUCAUUAGGAGAGGGGAUUUGGAAAAUGCAGCAGAGAUUGAAGCAGCAGCAGCAACAAGCCUUGAUGCAGCAAGCGUUGCUUCAGCAGCAGCAGCUAUACCACCCAGGCGUACUUGCCGCUGCUAUGACGCAGAUGGAUCCGGUUCCAAGUGGAAAUCUGCCUCCUGGGUUUGAUUCAUCUACAUGCCGCAGUGUGUAUGUAGGAAAUAUCCAUGUCAAUGUCACUGAAACCCUUCUUGCUGAGGUUUUCAGUAGUACCGGCCCACUUGAAGGAUGCAAGCUCAUUAGAAAAGAGAAGUCAUCUUUUGGCUUUGUGGACUACCAUGAUCGUAGGGCUGCAGCUUAUGCGAUAAUGACGUUGCACGGACGCCAACUUUAUGGUCAGGCAAUUAAGGUAAACUGGGCAUACGCCAGUGGGCAGAGAGAGGAUACUUCAGGGCACUUCAAUAUUUUCGUUGGUGAUCUGAGUCCAGAGGUUACUGAUGCAACUCUAUUUGCGUGCUUCUCCGUGUAUCCCAGUUGUUCAGAUGCAAGGGUUAUGUGGGAUCAUAAGACUGUCCGGUCAAGAGGAUUUGGCUUUGUUUCCUUCCGUAAUCAGCAGGAUGCACAAAGGGCUAUAAAUGAAAUGACUGGUAAAUGGCUAGGGAAUAGGCAAAUAAGAUGCAACUGGGCAACUAAAGGAGCUGGCCUCCCUGAAGAGCAGCAGAAUAAUGAUAACCAAAAUGCAGUUGUACUUACAAAUGGAUCUUCAGAUGGAGGUAUGGAGAACACCAAUGAGGAGGCGCCAGAAAACAAUCCAGCAUACACUACUGUCUAUGUCGGCAACCUUGCUCAUGAGGUGACUCAAACUGAACUUCAUCGUCAGUUUCAUGCUCUUGGAGCUGGGGUUAUUGAGGAAGUGCGAGUCCAAAGGGAUAAAGGGUUUGGGUUUGUAAGGUACCAUACACAUGAGGAAGCAGCUUUGGCCAUUCAAAUGGCCAAUGGGAAGAUAGUCUGUGGAAAGUCCAUGAAGUGCUCAUGGGGUAGCAAGCCGACUCCUCCAGGGACUGCAUCAAACCCACUGCCACCUCCAGUACCUCCCUUCCAGAUCCUCACGACUCCUGGAAUGAACCAGGGUUACUCACCAGCAGAGUUAUUGGCUUAUCAGCGUCAGCUUGCCUUGAGCCAGGUUGCUGCAGGCUCUGGCAUGUCAGGCCAGGCUCUUGUGCAAUUGGCUGGGCAGCACAGUCUUGCUGCAACCCAGGCUUCCAUGGGUCUGAACUCUGGUGGAUCACAAGCCAUGUAUGAUGGUUAUCCAAACAACUCGUCAGGCCAGCAGCUCAUGUAUUACCACUGACAUCACGAGGAGGCAGGUGCGAGUGAGAGUGUUCACGUCUUCUAGGUGCUUUUCAAUUUGCUGAAUUUGUCAGAAUUUUCAUCUUUUUUGUUUUCAACUUUUAUGUAUGUUUUAAAAAUAUCUCCUUUCGGAUGUCCCUGGACUUGGAGUUAACCAUGUAAAGGUUGGGUGCUGUAAUAUCUAUUCUCAGGUCUGACAACCGUUGUUUCAUGGUUGUUUUUCU